CUACUCCAAAUGAGCUCAAAUUUGAAACAUAACCUCUAAAUAUCAUCAAUAACAAAUUUCAAUCAUCAAUUUAUUAGAACAACAAUAAAUCUAACGAAUCCAUUUUGCUAUUAAGAAAAAAAAAAAAAAACCCUAAAUAAUAAUAAAAGUUAAAGUGUCACAACAGCCCCUACCGUAAAAUAUUAUAAAUUAUCUUAAAAUAUAUUCACAAACAUCUUAUAAAAUUACGGUUAACCGAGGAAGAAUGAAGAGAAACAUACUUAAAGUUGUUUUAGUAGUUACAAAUUAGAAAAUAUUUUUAAAAUGAGUACAGGUGAGUCGACCAAUUUUUACAUUUAUGCGAGGUGUAGCUCAUUUGGUCCACUUCCUUGAAAAGAAAAAAAGGGGAAGAAGAGAGUGAGCGCUGGUUGAGUGAGUCUGUGCCAUUUUCCAGACAAAAAGAGAAGAUACUAUAAGUUCAGUGCUUUGCCGAAAUUCCCAUUUCAUUUACUACUUAAUACUUUCCAAAAUAAGGGUUUCACUAAUUUUUCUUUUUUGUAUAUUAGUAUUUUCGUUUUAGGGAGACCAAGAUAUGAUUAUUAGAAGAAUUUGGAAUGCGAGUACUGAAAUAAAUCUAAACUUGAUAUGGCAAAUGAGAAGGGCAUUCUCAGUUUCAAGUCAAAGUGCAGUUGAUUUGGCUUCAAAAGAUGCAGAACUCAGGGUCUUCAUUGUUGCUGGCGAGGUUUCUGGUGAUACAAUUGGUUCCCGUGUCAUGAAUUCUCUAACAAAGCUUUCUCCUUUACCUGUCCGUUUUGCUGGUGUUGGCGGGAAGAUGAUGUGUAACCAAGGGUUUAAUUCUCUGUUUCCAAUGGAGGAUAUUGCAGUAAUGGGAAUUUGGGAGUUGCUGCCAUAUCUUAAUCAAUUUAGAGUUAGGCUGAAACAAACUAUAGAAGCUGCUCUUUCUUUUAGGCCUCAUAUCGUACUCACUGUAGACUCUAAAGGAUUCUCCUUCCGUUUCUUAAAGCAUUUGAGGGCUACCUGUGUUCAACAGGGGAUGGUUAGCCCUUUGCACUUCCAUUAUGUAUCACCGUCAUUUUGGGCUUGGAAAGGUGGUGAAGCAAGACUAAAAGGACUUCUUCAGUUUGUGGAUCAUGUGUUAUGCAUUCUUCCUUUUGAAGCAGAAGUCUGUAGAUCAAACGGCCUAGCAGCAACCUUUGUUGGUCAUCCCACCCUCGAAGAUAUUUCGGAUUUCCAGGGGAAGGAUGCCACAGAAAGAAGAUACAGAAUUCAAGGAAAUGCCGAAGCAUUUCUAACUGAUUAUGGAAUAUCAUCAGGAUCCCCAGUCAUUUCCUUGCUUCCCGGAAGUAGAUUACAGGAGGUUACUCGAAUGUUCCCCAUAUUCUCAAGAACUUUGCAACAAUUAAAAGGUUCUUUUCCAGACGUGGUAACAGCAGUUCAUGUGGCACCUAAUCAACAUGUCGAAGACUACAUUAGUAAAGCUGUUUGUAAGUGGCCAUCAUCAGUUGUAUUGGUUCCUGGAGGAUCACACCAGAUGAAAUACAAUUCAUUUAGUGCAAGCAGUGUAGCACUAUGCACUUCUGGUACAGUUGCGAUGGAAAUGCAGCUUGCAAGACUGCCAUGUGUUGUUGCGUAUCGAGCCCAUCUCCUGACAGAAUUAUUUAUACGAUACAAAGCUAUUAUACCAUACAUCUCUCUUCCUAAUAUUCUUUUGGAUUCAGCUGUAAUCCCUGAAGCUCUAUUUCAAGAUUGCACUCCGUCAAAAUUGGCAUCAUUACUCAAGGAUUUAAUAGUUGAUGACAACUUUCGAGAAAAACAAAUUAUUGCAGCUGAAAAGGUUUUUGAGCUGCUAAGACCUCCAGAGAUGAACAUUAGUUGCUCAAUCCAGGGGGGGAUGAGUGUUCCACUUUCUGAUUGUACACCAAGUAUGGUCGCAGCAAAUGCAAUGUUGUAUUCUCGGGGUAAGCUGGAGUAAGGUGGUUCGUGCUAAUUCAAACAGUUGAAGUGAGCAAAGUUGAGAUAAGAUGCAGCUAGAGAGUUUUGAAGAAAAUCUGUUAGAAAGUCAGCAACUGAAUAGCAGUUGGAUAAUUUCUAUGCAUAUAGCGAAGCUCAAGUUGUAUCUGCAAGCUGUGUAAAAUAGUUAAUGAAAAAUUUUCACCUCGUGGAAAUCGUCCUUCUUUCUCUUCCUCUCUCAGAUUAAGGAUUGUAACAGCUGUGUUGCAUUGGAUUAAUGAAGUGAGAAGUCAAAAGGAGAUCAGAAAUAUUUCUAGGAGAUGUUGGAGAUU